UAAGACAAUGAGGUGCACACGCGAGGUGUGGGACAUAAUGGAGGAUAGGUAGGAAAACUCUCCACAGCUCAUAAAGAGUAGCUUACCAGCUGUUGAUCUUUCUUCCAGUUGUUGCCUCUGACUCGACAGCUGUUCGCCGCCGCAGCCCGCCCGGAGCCGAACCACGACCCAAACGACGCAACAAAAUGCCGAAUAUCAAGAUUUUUAGCGGCAGCUCCCAUCCGGAUCUUUCUCAGAAAAUAGCAGACCGUCUCGGUCUCGAACUGGGAAAGGUUGUUACAAAGAAAUUUAGCAACCAGGAAACAUGCGUGGAGAUCGGGGAGAGCGUGCGUGGUGAAGAUGUCUACAUUGUGCAGAGUGGCUGUGGGGAGAUCAAUGAUAAUUUGAUGGAGCUUCUGAUCAUGAUCAACGCCUGCAAGAUUGCCUCAGCGUCCAGGGUCACAGCGGUCAUCCCCUGUUUUCCCUACGCCAGGCAGGACAAGAAGGACAAGGUGGGGAGCCGUGCUCCUAUCUCUGCCAAGCUGGUGGCCAACAUGUUGUCUGUGUCGGGCGCAGACCAUAUCAUCACCAUGGAUUUGCAUGCCUCACAGAUACAGGGAUUCUUUGAUAUCCCUGUGGAUAACUUGUAUGCAGAGCCAGCUGUCCUGAAAUGGAUCAAGGAAAAUAUCCCUGAAUGGAAAAACUGUACUAUUGUGUCACCUGAUGCAGGAGGAGCCAAGAGGGUCACCUCGAUUGCAGAUAGGUUGAAUGUUGACUUCGCUCUAAUUCACAAAGAAAGGAAGAAGGCAAAUGAGGUUGACCGCAUGGUUCUUGUCGGGGAUGUGAGGGAUCGAGUUGCAAUUCUAGUGGAUGACAUGGCUGACACGUGUGGGACAAUCUGCCAUGCUGCCGACAAACUCAUCUCUGCGGGUGCCACAAAGGUUUACGCCAUCCUAACCCACGGCAUCUUUUCUGGUCCAGCCAUUUCACGCAUCAACAACGCCUGUUUCGAAGCCGUCGUCGUCACCAACACAAUCCCUCAGGAGGAGAAGAUGAAGCAUUGUUCCAAAAUACAGGUGAUAGACAUCUCCAUGAUCCUCGCAGAGGCCAUUCGCAGAACUCACAACGGGGAAUCUGUGUCUUACCUUUUCAGCCACGUCCCCCUGUAGCAAUACCAUCAUCUGUGCUCAAUCAAUACCAAAUAAGAGGGAAUAUCCCAGCACCAUAGUUAACAAAGCUGUUCUUCUAAUUAACCGUGUUGAAAACCAAUGAAUGAAUCAGCUGUCAUGUCUGUUACCAAUGCAGCCCCAACACCCUCCUCUCUCGAGUCCCUCCUCCCUUUAAAAGUGGCGUUUCCCUUCAUGAUUAGGGAGCCGAAGCAAGCGCAAGCUACCAGUUUUAGGCAGGCUUAUUUUUGUGUAUGGGUAAAAGAAGUAUUUAUCCACUGUGAACUUGGUGUUUCUUUUAGCACAUUCAACUCCUUAUUUCUCCUGGUCAUCGUGUCACUUUGUUGUCAAGAGCUUCUAUAAAUAUCCCCGGCAGGUUCCAGUGCUCAGGAGAAGCGUCUGUUAUGUAAUGCUGUUACACUGCUUUCUGUUACAAUGAUCGAGUCUAGUUUCUUCUCUUGCUUCAAAGGAUUUACAGUCACUCCAGUGAAUGUGUAUUUAACUAGUUUACAGUGCCACUGAAGCUCCACUCAACCAAGAGUGCCUCAAAAGUCUGAAACGAAAUGACAUCCUCCUAUAGUCUUCUACUAUUCCCCAUUUUCCCCCGCGUUUUGCUUUUAGUUUUCUCACCGAAAGUUUUUUAGCAAGCUGGAAACGAUGUUUUUAGGAUGUUUCUUUCAACUCUUGAGGCGCCCUCAUUGAGUGGGGAAUGCCCAGUGUCUCCAAAGUUUUCCUUUUUUUCCCGGAGUCUAAAAUGAAGAUAAAGAAGCAGUCAGGUUUUUAGCUUGGGGUCUCUGCGGGCUGGAGCUUCCUUCAGAAAUCUUCACCUGCUUUUAUUGUGUUCGGUUUUUUUUGUUUUGUACGUCUGGAGGAAAAAUUUGUCAGUGAUGUGCAUAAUUCAAGCCUUUGUGUUCUUUUACAGUAGAAUGAAUGCACAAAAUAUUUGAAGAUGCAUUCUCAGUAAAUUUGAAGAUGCCAAAAAAGAA